UGACCCCCGGGUUAGCCCACGGCGAAUCGCCUCUCGCCAAUACGAUUGGGGCCAAUCCCCACCAACUCCGAUCUCUUUUCCCUUGCAGAAACUCCGAUCACCGUCGCCUCUUCAUCAUAUUCAUCGUCUCUUUCCGGUACCUCCUUUUUUCCAUCCAAUUUUCUGUAAUUUUCAAUUCUGUAUAUGGGUUUUUAUCUAGAAAUCAGGUUCAAAAAUACCCUUCUCCAAUCUAUUAACUUCUCCCCUCUUGUUUCUAUACCUACAUUCUUCAAUUGGCGUCCAUGAUUUCUCGAAAAAAAGGGUUUUUCUAAUUUUCCUCCACUGUUUCCAAUGUGAUCAUCAUUUAUCACAAUGUGCGUUUUCAUCAUUGUUUCCGAUGCUUAUCUUGAAUUCUUGAUUGCCAUCAGACCCCUUAUUCUUAGUCUUUUCCUGUUAUAGAAUUAGGGUUCAUACUUCACUUGUUUGUGUGAUUCAAAGAUUAUUAAGCUGUUACUGCUAUGGAUCGUGUUCCUGUUGAAGUAAUUGGCAACAUACUCUCCCAUCUUGGGGCUGCCAGAGAUGUUGUAAUUGCUUCAGCUACAUGUAAGAAAUGGCGAGAGGCUUGUCAUAGGCAUCUUCAUAUGCUGUCAUUCAAUUCCGAUGAUUGGCCGGUUUUCAGGGAUCUUACAACUAGUAGGCUCGAGAUAUUGAUCACCCAGACUAUAUUUCAAACCAAAGGUUUACAAGGUCUCUCCAUUUUAAUGGAUGAUGUUGACGAGUUUUCGGCUUCUGCUGUUAUUGCUUGGCUGAUGUAUACUAGAGAAACGUUACGCUGCUUGUUUUAUAAUGUUCGAACCACUCCAAAUGUCAACAUUCUUGACAUUUGUGGACGGCAAAAGCUCGAACUAUUGGUUUUGGCUCAUAAUUCGAUCACUGGGGUUGAGCCGAAUUAUCAAAGAUUUCCUUUUCUUACGUCGCUUUCUCUGAGUUAUGUUAGUAUUUCAUCAUUGGAUCUUAAUUUAUUACUCACAGCUUGUCCUAACAUUGAGUUUUUGGGUCUUAUAAGUCCGGAGAUUGCCAUCACUGAUGCUCAGGUUACAGUCGAAUUGAGUAGUCAAACGUUAAAGAAAGUGUAUGUCGAAGCCAUAAGUUUAGACAAGUUUACUCUAGAAGCCGAUAAUCUUGAGAAAUUGCAUUUAAAAGAUUGUGCUCUUGAGCUAUUUGAGUUAAGUGGCAAGGGUACUCUGAAGCAUUUCAAGAUGGAUGAUGUUAGUAUUCUACAUCUUGACAUUGUUGAGCCCGUGGAUGGUCUUGAGAUCGUUGAUGUGAGCAAUUUCACGAUCAUUUGGUCAAAGUUUUAUCAAAUAAUCUCGAAAUCUUCCAAAUUGAGAAGGCUUCGCCUUUGGAACGUGGUCUUUGAUGAUGAGAUAGAGUUUGUUGAUUUGGAGUCGAUUGCUUUAUGUUUUCCUGAUUUAAGCUAUCUUGCAUUGAGUUAUGACCUACGAGAUGACUUAAAAGAGGGCAUUCUUCAUUAUAGUUUGCAAGGUUCGUCUCCAAUGGAGAAUGUGAGUGUGUUGGAUCUUGGAUGGACGGUUCUUGAUGAGCAUUUUGCAGAUUGGGUUGCAUGCCUGCUUAGAAGAUGUCCGAAUCUUAAGAAGUUGAUAAUUCGUGGGGUUGUUUCCGAGUCAAAAACACAUGUAGAAUGCCAUAUGUUGGCCAGUUUUACUUCAUCAAUUGUUCAACUUAUGAGAAAAUACCUUCAUGUGGAUGUUCAGUUUGUAUAUGAAUAA